GUAGUUUUGCUCCAGGGAGCACGAUGGCUCGCUCCGUGGCUGUGGUCUUUCUGAUGCUUGCUUCACUGGUCUGCUUGGAUGCCAUCCAGCGUACCCCACAAAUACAAAUCUACACACGCCACCCACCUGAGGAUGGUAAAGCAAACUUCCUGAACUGCUAUGUGUCGCAGUUUCAUCCCCCCCACAUUGAAAUCGAGCUGCUGAAGAAUGGGAAGAAAAUGGACAAGGUGGAGCUGUCAGAUCUGUCCUUCAACAAGGACUGGUCUUUCUAUCUUUUGGCUCACACAGAAUUUGUGCCCACUGCGACCGAUAAAUAUGCCUGCAGAGUUUCACAUGUCACUCUGAAGGAGCCCAAGGUCGUCACCUGGGAACGAGACAUGUAAUCAAGCAUCACAGAGGUCUGAAGAUGCUUCAUUUGGACCAGUUUAAUUCUAAAGUAUUUCUCAGUUUUUAAUACUCAGUUUAAUCUAUGCAUACAGGAGAAAUAGUAACGACACAUCAUCUUCUUUAUGACCUACUUUGAAUUCUGCAUGUUUUCCAAAAACAGACUGAAGAGUAACAUCCUAGAUAUCUGAAAUAAUAAAGCAUCAAUGAGUAUUUUGAUCAGAAACAAACCAUUUUGAUAAUUUGAAAGAAAAAAACUGCUAGUGAAUAUAAUUAAGAAUAAUAGUUGAUCAUAUAUCAAACCCUUUGUACAUCUUAUUAGUUGGAUGUAGUCAUUCGUCUUUAGUCUAUCACAACAUAAGUGAUUUUUAAAAAAAUCUAAAAAACCUGAGAUAUUUUCGUUUUGGUAAAACACACAGGUCCAACUGAAAUUUGUUAUUAUGCCUAGCAAUGCUCUCCCCCAACCUCAUGGAUUACUUCCUCUUUGUUAUUUUUACUCAAAAAUAAAACAAAAUAUAAUAAAAUAAAUAAAGAAAGAAAAAAGGAUGUUUUCUAGACAUUGCCAGACUGUUACAUGAAGUGGUUUCAGGGUAGCUUUCAACGUCUGCAAGUGUGUGUGUGGUUUUAUCACCCGAAGAGCCUGUGAGUAUCUUAAGAGGUUCUCAUAGAAGCAGGCACCAGAACUAGGGGUCUACAUGAACACGACUAAGGAAGGGCUCCAAAGCAAAGCAGUAGGAGUGUGGCUGAUGACAGGAAAUAGGAAGGAACUGAGAGGGGAAUAGGGAUUUUGGAAGUACUGGUUCUACAGGGAGCUCUAGAGCAGAAACCACAUGUUAAAGUUUGUCUUGGCAAUGUGGACAAGCCUGUUGCUGGCUCUAUAGGACUAUGUGAUAGGAUGAAAGCCCAGAUACUUUGGCAUGCAGAAGCUGAGGACUGGCUCUCACUAUUGGAUGUAGGUGGAACAUCAGUGGCUACUGUUUCCUGUUGGAUCUACAGCAUAGCCAGUCUGAAAGACCCACUACCAGUUCAAAGUUUCUAAGGGCUAAUGUUAAAGUAGGAAUGCUAAUCAAUUUAGAGCUAAGUUUGAAUCCCAAUUCAAAAGUUAUUAUAAAAUCCUGACUUGAGCUUUUAAUUUUGAUAGUUUAGUUGUAUCCCCAAAGGUCUGUUUGUGGUUGCACCUUUAAGAGGUGGGGUCUAGUGGGAGGUUCUGUGGUACUCUCACAGGAUGGGGAUCUUUUUGAGUUCUGAAAUGGUUAUUAUAAAGGCA